UGAGUGCGGCUGCGCACUGCUCAAUGCUUUUGCCGUUGCUGCUGACGCGACUUGGCAGGGAGAAACGAAUGUGAACCCUAGAUUUUAGCUAUUGAACGUGUCGAAACUGAACAGUUUCUACGGCAGAAGUAUUGUUUUAUUUAGGAGGCUAGGGGAGUAAGCUAACUUAAUCUUAGCUUGCGACUGACGAUUCUCUCCCGUAUGUGGUCGCCCUUCCUUAUCGUCGGAAACUGCCAGUGAGGGCCAAGGAACAAAAUAGCAUAUCGCCAUUAUAUGAUCCAGUGUCCAGCGUCACUUUUACCCUCCAUGUGGGUGAGGGAACUGUGUGUGUCAGAUUAUGGCGAGAAAAACAGUUAGCAGGAAAAGGAAGACAGGAGAGCCCAAGGACCAACAACAGCUGGGCUGGUGUCAGGCACCACACAAGCGGAGCCGUGUUUCUUGUUCAUCACGCCAUGCCCAUCAGUGGUGGUGCAGUCGGCGCUCCGUGGUGUGCGCCCUCCGGGGCCGGGAGUUCAGACCUCAGCAGCAGCAUGAGUUGCGGCUGCAACGAAGCCUGCGUGGCUUUGCAGCAGGCAGGCUCCCUGGGAUCCUCAAGGAGAGGGAGUUUUCUCUGGGACGACUCAACAAGGUGUUUGCUUCGCAGUGGCUCAACCAUCGGCAGGUGGUGUGUGGAACUAAGUGCAACACGCUCUUUGUCGUUGAUGUCCUGACUGGACAGAUAACACGCAUUCCAAUGUUGAAAGACAGGGAGUGUCAUGAUGAAGGCUCUGGGGUGGUAAGCACCGUGGUGGCCGGUCGGCAUUACCACCCAACAGGAAGCUCCCGCACCCGGCUGGACCAUCAGGGUUGUGGGAUUCACGCGAUUGAACUCAACCCCUCAAGAACACUGCUUGCUACUGGAGGAGACAACCCCAACAGCCUAGCCAUUUACCAGCUGCCAACUCUGGACCCUGUUUGUGUAGGAGAUGAUGGUCACAAUGACUGGAUUUUCUCCAUUGCAUGGAUCAGUGACAACAUGGCAGUAUCGGGUUCCAGAGAUGGCUCUAUGGGUCUGUGGGAGGUUACAGAAGAAAUAAUGAACCAGGUUCAAAGCAGCCAGAAUGAACAGACUGUGCCAUCCUAUGCCCAUAUCUCCCACCGAGCUCUCAAGGAUAUCCCCAAGGAAUACACCAACCCAUACAACUGUAAAGUCCGUGCUUUGGCCUUCAACAACAGCCAUAAAGAACUGGGUGCUGUGUCAUUGGAUGGUUAUUUCCACCUCUGGAAAGCAGAGCAUAACUUGUGCAAGAUACUGUCCACCAAGCUGCCUCACUGCAAAGAGAAUGUGUGUUUAGCAUAUGGACAGGACUGGUCAGUGUAUGCUGUAGGUUCUCAGGCCCAUGUUUCCUUCCUGGAUCCACGGCAGCCAACACACAGCAUCAAGUCAGUUAAUUCCAGAGAAAGAGGAAGCGGAAUCCGUUCAGUGAGUUUCUAUGAGCACAUCGUGACAGUGGGUACUGGCCAUGGUUCUCUUCUCUUCUAUGACAUCAGGGCCCAAAGAUUCCUGGAGAACCCUUUCAAUCCGACUGGUGGUUAUCGGAAGGGCUCUGGAGAUAGCAUCCUCAAGCUCACUACAGGGAAAGGCUGGCUGAAUCAUGAUGAGACAUGGAGAAGUUACUUCUCAGAUAUUCAUUCCUUCCCUAAUGCCGUCUACACCCACUGCUAUGAUGACUCCGGCACUAAGCUGUUUGUGGCCGGUGGGCCACUCUGUUCUGGCCUUCAUGGCAACUACGCAGGACUGUGGAGCUAGCCUCUCGUUUGUCUUCAUCACUCUGUCACUACCUACUCAUCCAGAUCUUCACUUAUCCAGUCCCUCCAUCCCUCUCCUUCCACAAGUUUACCUGCAUCGCUGUCUUUGCUAUCCCUCUUGCUCAACAAAAUCCCACUGAUUUGCUCACUUGUUGACUCAGGAGCAUGACCUUUCACUUACACUAUUGUUGCUGUGUAUAUUUCUAUCUACGUGCACACUUUCCCUUCUCUUAAAAUGAUCUUUUAAAACCUUUCACUUCAGCUUCUGUUUGGUUAAUAUAUAAAAAUGUACAAACAAUAAUUUAAAGAGCUGCAAAGUCUGCCACUGGGAAUCUCACUAAACAGUUUCUGAAAUCAUUAAGAAUAAAGGUAAACAUGUUCACAUCAUUUAUACAUUCACAUCCGACCUGCAGGGAUUAGGCUGUGGUCUUUUGCUAGCUUGUUUUUUGUAUGCAAGAGUAGAGUUAACUGCGGCUUCCUAUGUGAUAAAUGGGUGUCUUUGUGAAAAACUUGUGGAAUUUCCUCCUAAAAGUUCAUUUUCAUUAUCUCACUUAAAUGGAUGGCAAUAAAAAAAAGAGAGAGAGGAAGAAGGACUGAAGAGACAAUUCAUUUUGAAGGACUGACCCGGAGUGCAGUUCAACAUUUGAUAAAGAAUACUUACUGACUGGAUGGCUGGCAACAAUCACAAAGGACUUCUCUCUUCUCCCGCCAGAAGUAAAACGAGCAAGUGGAUUAAAAUGAGACUUUGUGUUCAUUUUACUCUAACUGAAAUGACGUCAAGAAGAAACAUUAAGAUCGUUAGAUGCAGUGUUGUUGCUCUUCUAUAAUUUAAAAUUUGGAGAAAAAUUUUUUUUUUAUUUUUUUUUUAUUGUGAUUUGACAGGUUUAUAUCCCUGCUGAUAUUCUAAGUUUUGUUUGUAUUUAUUUCCCCCUCUUCAUUUGGUUGGUUAGGGUUGUGUAUCCGCUUCUUUUGAAGGAUGUGUUUUCUGUUUGACCAAUGCUUGUGCUCCUGUUCCCCCUUUUUUUGUCCUCAUCUGAAACCACUCUGGUGUUACUAGAGAAUUUAUUCCAGGAUUUUUGUAGAAAUUAGGUGUCUUCAAAUAUGAUGAUUAAUAGAUCAAGGAGCCUUUAAUCACUGGACUGAAACCCUUCCACAGAAACUGGGGAGAAAAAAAUUGUUGCGGCUCAGUUUGAUCUUCUCAUCUUGAAAGGGUGUAAGGAGAACAUUUGGACUUUUUAAUUUUUUUUCUCCCCUCCCCCCAUUCUUUAUACCAAGGAGUGAGUGAAUCUGCUCUUUUCCUUGUUUGGUAGAGGCAGGGUAAGUUAGGGUUUUUGCCUUCCUGAAGUCUUUCUGUGAAAGACAGCCACAGGUGAUCAUAGUUUUCCUUUUCUAUAUGGAACUUUAUCCAGUUUUAAUGAUGAUUGGGGGAAAAAACGCAAAACAAACUAUUCUGACCACUUAUUGAACAAAUAACCAACACUUUAAAGUGUAUUUUAUAUAUAAAUGUGUAUAUGUAUGUGUAAAAUGCAUAAGGACAAUUGCAUACAUCUUAUGUAUAUGUCUGAGAAAGUGUGUGGAUUAUUAUGUCUGCUUGGUCAUACAGUUUUUUAUACACACCUGUGAAUGUUUUUACAAAUGACUGAAACAGGAUAUUGUAAAAUAUUAACAUCUGGGGAAAAGAGAUAAUUCUUUAAAAUGAGUAAAUAAUACAAAUAAAAUGUAUAUUAAUGUAAAAAUUCUCUGUUUGCUGUCUAUCCAGAAUGAAGUUAAACUCUUGAAUUAAGCAGUUUAUUAAAAGUUAAGUAGUUUUAGGAUGAUCGUUUGAAUUGUGAUAUGCUGUUUGUGUGGGCGUCUUCGAUUAGCAAGACCAUUAAAAAGUUUAAGAUUAAACAUGCUCAUUUAAA